GACUGUUAAGUAGCCCAACUUCAUGUGCGAAGAGCGAGUUUACCCGUUCCAGUUGCAGUAUUGAACAAGAAGUUACAAGGGUGCGAUCUUGAAGGAUGGGGCGACUUUCAUAGCCUACAUUUCCCAUGGAUGCAGAUGGAUUGUUUCGGAAUAAAUACAUAAAAUAACCCAAGGGAAAAUAAGGAAAACAUUGAUUACUGGACACCAUGAACGACACACACGGUACAGAUGAUGGGACUGUUGCAACGAUGGCUGUGCCUGUCCUCAUGUUUGCAGUUGGCGUAAUUGGAAAUACUAUAGCAAUAGUCGCCCUUUCCAGAUCUAAACAAGAGCAAAAAUCGUCUGCGUUUUACUCACUAGUAUGCGGUUUAGCUGUAACUGAUUUGCUUGGGACAUGUCUUGCCAGCCCAAUCACUAUCGCUACAUAUCUUAAUGCAAAGAUACUCGAAGACAGGCACCUCUGUGAAUUCCAUGCAUUUCUCUUACUGUUUUUUGGCGUCCUUGGACUAAGUAUUACAUGCGCAAUGUCUGCUGAGCGAUACUUAGCCAUGUGCCACCCCUACACUUAUCAAAGAUGGGGAGUUGAUCGACGUUUUGCCCGCCAGUUCAUGUUUUUAAUCUAUAUAGCAAAUGUAGUUUUUUGUUGUUUUCCAAUGAUGGGUAUGGCGAACAGCAUUCCUCAAUCGUCCCACACAUGGUGCUUCAUUGACUGGAGGACACAACAACCGUUACCUGCCACAUAUUCUUUCUUAUAUGGAAGUGUGAGUUUUCUUCUCAUAUUGAUAACCAUAGUCUUAAACUUUACCGUUUGUGGGACUCUGAUAAUCAUGCGUCGGAAGACAGUCCAAAGACCCGUCACACGGGGAAGUGCGCGAGAACGAUGGAAAGCAAUCUCAUCAGGCGCCGAGGUUCAAAUGAUGAUUGUUCUCAUGGUGAUCUCUGUGGUGGUUUUAGGCUUCUCGGCGCCAUUGGUGGUACGCGUAUUUGUUAACCAGAUAACACUACAAGAUGAUUUCCAGGCAGAUUUGACGGCUAUUCGGGCUGCCUCUGUGAACGCCAUUCUGGACCCCUGGAUAUAUAUUCUCCUUCGACGGACUCUCUUUCGGAAGAUUCGGGUCUUGUGUAAAAGAGUUUGUCACAGUCGCCAAGGAGCCGUUUCGGCCAGCCCGCAGAGGAGUCACGUUUACCCAGAAAACGUGUGGGACACUAAUAAGUACACUCACGUCUUAGAGGCAAUGCGCAUCUCUACCAUCAGUCCACAGGUUCCGGUCAUGGUAACCUACGCCACUAAAGCUAGACCUACUCCAACACAUUUACCUUAAACUGAUCUAUUCAACAGUGACACUCCAUUAAAUAGUCACUUAAAUUAAAUGUCAGUUAAACAUAUGUUGGUUCCGUUUCUUAUUUCAGGUGUGGGGGUUGAGUGAAGGGAUGCGUGCUGUUCUCAAGAGGUAGAGCGCUGUUAAAUGAAAAAAGGGGCGCAUUUUGUCACAUUACUUUAAAUGAUAGACAAGUCAGCUGUAAGUUUUCACAAUGCAUUUAUUUUAUGACAUUUAAAAAUAGUAUUUACUAAACCAAAGCAGACGGAGACCGUGCAUAUGUAGCUGCACCUUUGUAAAUGUUCUGUACCUAGACAACAUAAAUAAAAAUCUAUAAACCUUGUUUCAAUAAAAAUUCAGUUUCUCAAGAUCCUUUAACACACAAAAUUGAAUUUAUACAACUUUUACAAAGCAAACCACCAGGCUUCCAAAUGUACAUUCCAGUAAAUGGCAUCUUAGACAAGUCCCCAAAAAACUAUCAACCUUUCUUACCUAGCUGAAGAUAACUUUAGCUCAAGAUGACAAUAAUGUUACUGUACAAGUUCAACUAAACACAAUGCACAUUGUGUUCAACACUGUGCUACUGCAUGAAAAAAUAAA